CCUUUCUGCAGAUGUCAGGUACAGGCUGAGAGGGUCAGAAGGAGUGGUGGGGAUAACAGCACACACAGAAUUUGGAUAUAAAGUACAAUCCCCGGACGCUUAUUUCAUAAUCCCACCAGUAAAUUCCACUAUAUCUCCUUCUCAUUGAUCAUCAAUGGUUCUGGAUAAUCCCUGGGUUCCUCUCCCCCUCAUCAUCUCACUCCUGUGACCUGGCACACUGAGCACCCUGGUGAGGAGGGUCCAGGAGACUGCUUCUGCUGUAUAUAGUGGUACCUGUGGCAGUACUGACCAGUGGGCAUUCCCCAUUCCACAUGCCAAGGGAUCAGCAAGUGACAGAGGUAGGUGGCGGAUACAGGUUUCCUUUUCCAUAUAUAUCUGGCUCUUCCUGAAGUGAGGGAUGUGGAGAGGUGGCGCAUACUUAGUUGUACUCUCUCUACUCCUGCCACUGCUGCCCCCCACAGGCCGGGCACAGAACGUUCUUACAGAUGAUGAGAUUGAAGAAUUCCUGGAAGGAUUUCUCAAGGAAUUGGUCCCUGAGGAAGAUGAAGAUGAUAAAGGGGAACCAAAGAGGGAGGAAGAUGAUGAUGGAGAAGUAAUCACCAGGACUGGAGGGUAUGAGGAGAAAGAAGAGACCCAAAUAGGGAAAAAGAAAAAAGCAUCUAAGGGUGAGAGUGAAGAAUCAAAGGCCAAAGAAAAACCCAUGAAAGAAAAAAAGGAGAAACCACCUAAACCCACUAAAAAGCCUAAAGAAAAGGCACCAAAAAAAGAAAAGCCUCCGAAACCAACCAAGAAACCCAAGGAAAAGAAGCCAAAAGCAACAAAGAAACCCAAGGAAAAGCCACCGAAACCUACCAAAAAGUCAGCAGCAAAGAAACAAGACCGACAUCCAGAGUUAGAAGAAGGCGUGGACAAGUACGAGAGAACGAGAGUCACGAAUGAGGAAGAGCAGUACACAAGACCCAAAAUCCAUGAAGAUGAGGAACAUUACAGAACCCCACACGUUACAGAGGAGGAAGAACGGUAUAGAAGACCCCAAAUUCCAGAAGAAGAUGAGGACAGGUAUAGAAAACCCCAAGUCACAGCAAGGGAAGAGGUGGAAAAAUACAAGAGACCACAAAUUACAGAGAAAGAAGAGGACAGAGACAGGAGACCCCACAUUCCAGAGGAUUACGAUGAAGAGAUUUACGUAAAACCCGACAUUACCAAAGAAGAGGAUCGGUAUAGAAGACCACAAGUGACUAAGGAAGUGGAGGACAGAUAUAGAACACCUGAAGAGGAAAAGUACAGGCGACCCCACAUCAAAGAGGAAGAUGACAGGUACGGAAGACCACCAUUUACUGACACAAAGACACAAACGGGAGAGGAUAAAUGGGGGACAGGAGGAUACGUGGAACCAGAGGAACCUGGCAGAGAGGAACGAGUUCCUCGGCCUGGUGUGGAUGAGGAGCCCCCAACUGAAGAUUACAAUGAACGUCUGGAGAGAGAAGAUUAUGAUGACUAUGGUUACUCCAAGCGUAAUAAGAAGCCCCCAAGUACUCCUGAACGUAGACCAGAUCGUCCCGCCAUAUAUGAGAAGCCUGCACCCAAGAAGCCGGUUGUCAUAACACCCCCACCAGCUCCUGAGUAUCCAGGACCUAUACCAGGAUUUAAUUAUGAUGACUAUGACUACACCACGCUCCCCAAACCCCCGGACACAAAGGAGGAAGAGGAGUGGACGGACGGAGAGAAAUAUUCAUCAAAGAAACAACAGAAGCCAACUAGCAGCAAAGAAGAGCGAGAGAGGGAGGAGGAGGAGAGAAAUCGCAAAGAGAAGAAGAAGCCCACAUGGGAUUCAGAGGAAGUGGAAGAGCUUCCAAAGGAGAAAAAAAAGUGUCCCCCCAUUGGCUUGGAGUCCCAUCGGAUAGAUGAUGACCAGAUGCUUGCAUCCUCAAUGCUGCGCCAUGGCCUUCAUGCUCAGAGAGGCCGGCUCAAUAUGCAGGCAGGAACUAAUGAAGACGAUUUCUAUGAUGGAGCCUGGUGUGCGGCGGAUGAAAGCCUGACGCAGUGGUUAGAAGUGGACACACGAAGAAGCACCUUGUUCACUGGAGUUAUAACCCAGGGACGGGACUCUGUCAUGCAUGAGGACUUUGUCACCUCGUUCUACGUGGGCUUUAGUAACGACAGCCAGAACUGGGUCUUGUACACCAAUGGGUACGAGGAGAUGAUGUUCUUUGGUAAUGUGGAUAAGGACACGCCGGUGCAGACAGAAUUUCCGGAGCCUGUAGUUGCCCGAUUCAUCCGCGUCUAUCCGCAGACCUGGAAUGGAAGCCUUUGCUUGCGCAUGGAGGUCUUAGGAUGCCCAGUCUCCAAUGUGGUCAGUUACUACAGCCAGAACGAAGUCAUAACAUCUACAGAUAAUCUGGAAUUCCGACAUCACAACUACAAAGACAUGAGACAGCUCAUGAAAGUUGUAAACGAUGAAUGUCCAACCAUCACUCGGAUCUAUAAUGUGGGAAAGACAGCUAAAGGACUGAAGAUAUAUGCAAUGGAGAUCUCGGAUAACCCAGGGGAGCAUGAGAUAGGAGAGCCAGAGUUUCGGUACACGGCUGGGCUUCAUGGCAAUGAGGUACUAGGGCGGGAGCUGUUGCUUCUCCUCAUGCAGUUUAUGUGCAGAGAAUUUCGGGAUGGCAAUCCUCGUAUUACAACCCUCGUCCAUGAGACUAGGAUCCACCUGGUACCCUCUCUGAACCCUGAUGGCUAUGAGAUUGCAAGUCCAAUGGGCUCAGAAUUGGGUAACUGGGCCUUGGGCCACUGGACAGAAGAAGGCUAUGACAUUUUCACUAACUUUCCAGACCUCAACACAGGAUUUUGGGCUGCAGAGGACAGGAAGUGGGUCCCUCAUCGUGUCCCUAACAAUAAUCUACCUAUUCCGGACGGCUUCUUGGCAGACGAUGCGACGGUGGCGGUGGAGACUAGAGCUAUUAUGGCCUGGAUGGAUAAAAUUCCUUUUGUGUUGGGAGCCAACUUGCAAGGCGGGGAAAAAUUGGUCUCCUAUCCAUAUGAUAUGGCCCGGGCAGUAAAAGAAGAAGAACAAAUGCCACCUCGGUUUCGUCGUCCGUUUUACCAGGAUGAGGAUGAGGAGGAAGAAGAGGAGGAGAUCAUUGAAGCUCCAGGAGAGGAUGAUGAAGGCGUGUCCAAGACCUCUGAUCAUGCCAUUUUCCGUUGGCUCGCUAUCUCCUAUGCUUCUGCCCAUCUAACUAUGGGAGAGACUAUCCGUGGAAGUUGCCAUGCAGAAGACUAUACCAAGGGCAUGGGGAUUGUUAAUGGAGCGAAGUGGAGGCCCGCGUCUGGCAGUAUGAAUGAUUUCAGCUACCUGCACAGUAACUGUUUGGAGCUCUCCAUAUACCUGGGCUGUGACAAGUUCCCACACGAGAGUGAGCUGGCAGAGGAGUGGGAAAGCAACAAGGAAUCUCUGCUGAGUUUCAUGGAGCAGGUACACCGUGGGAUCAAAGGCAUUGUGACAGAUCGCCAAGGAGAGCCUAUACCAAAUGCAACCAUCACUAUAGGUGAAAUAAACCAUGACGUCACAACAGCCAGCGGUGGUGACUACUGGCGUAUCCUGAACCCUGGGGAAUAUAGAGUGACUGCACGGGCUGAUGGCUUUACUCAGAGCACCAAGACGUGCAGCGUGGGAUAUGAUAUGGGGGCAACCCACUGCAACUUUGUUUUGGCUCAUUCCAACUGGAAAAGAAUCAAGGAAAUUAUAGCAAUGAAAGGGAAAGGUCCCCUUCGUCUGGUUCCACCUGGUGGCCGCAAGCUCUCUCCUGCUGCAAGGCAACGUAUGCAGCGACGCCGUAUGUGGCUCAACCGCCAGCGCAACCUUACCACCACUCCCCCGCCAACCACUCUUCCACCCACCACCAGUCCUUUUGUUCCCACUGAUGCCACUUCAUUUCCCACUGAAACCCCCACCACCAUGCUUCCCCGCAGGCUGGAGCCCCCCACUCCCUCAGAAUCUCUGUGGGACACGGAAACUGAGACCUACACAGAAAUAGUCACAGAAGUGGAGACCGAGAUCUGGGAAGAGGACGGCACCACUGCGCCAGCCCCAUUCACCACGGCAGAGACUUACACCGUAAACUUUGGGGACUUCUGAGAGGGAACUCUUUGGAGAUGGGUAAUUGAUGUGUGAGCAUCGUAAAAGGGUUAAAGACUCUACCCCAGAGGGGUCAACUCUACAUGUAUAUAUAGCGCUGAUCUGUCAUCUAUAAGCCAGGAGGAAAGGUCCAUCGUAAAACCGUAAUAAAGCAGUGCAGCCUUCAAUAAAGUCCUGAUGUUUCCAUAUUAACGCCUUUGGUUUACCCUUGUAUUGCUGGAGUUUCCAUACAUCAGGACAUAUAAUAACCUCUCCGGCAGGAACUACAUAUUACAUAUGAUAAUAUACUUGUCUGCUAGCUCUGGCUUGAACACACUGCAGGCUAUUCUGCAUGAGCCACAUAGUGCUUUGCUCUCUUAAGUAUGUAAAGUUUCAUCAAUUACCAAUAAAGUUUCUAGAAAUCCC